GGUGUAUCUCUUGUUCUUUGCGGAAGCGGGUCGGCGGAGGGAUCGAAAUCGGUCGUGGAGCCGGGGACGGAUUAUUCUCUGCCGGGCGACACCAACAAAUUCCCUUCGUUACACCUGCGGUGAGAACUGGAAGCAAACCACGACUGAAGACGAGGGAACUGCAACAAGUGAACCAGCCCGAGGAUUGAGAGCAUCAACUGGAGAGAAACCAUCUGACUCAGAGAUUCCUGUGAUUCAGUCAGGAGAAAGUUUGGUUAAAAAUGACAAGAAAUUUGUCUAUGGGAAUCUCAAACACAACACACCAGUUUUGCUGUCAAUGCCCAGAUACUUAAGAAGUGGAACAAGGGAUUCACUCAGUCAUCACAACUGAAGGUACAUCAGAGAAUUCACACUGACGAGAGGCCAUUCACCUGGUUCACUCAAUCAUCUGACUGACUGGCACGCCCAUCAUUUUACAAAGGGGGAACCCCUUCAUCUGCUUAGACAGUGGGACUGGAUUCAGUUGGUCAUUUCAACUGAAGGUACAUCAGCGAGUUCACACUGGACAAGGCCAUUCACCUGUUCUGUUUGUGAGAAGGGAUUCCGUUGAUCUUCCCACUUGUGGAAACACCAGUCAAUUCACACUGGGCACAGGCUAAUCAUCUGCUGAUUUUGUGCGGGAGGAUUCACUCGAACAUCUGACCAAAUGGCUCACCAUCGAGUUGACACCGGGGAGCGGCCGUUCACCUGCUCGGACUGUGGGAAGGGAUUCACUUGCUCAUCUAAGCUGAAGUUACAUCAGCAAGUUCACACUGGAGAGAGGCCAUUUACCUGCUCAGAGUGUGGGAAGCAAUUCACUCAGUCAUCUCCCCUCCAGAGACACUAGUCAGUUCACACUGGAGAGAUGCCAUUCACCUGCUCAGACUGUGGGAAUCGAUUCACUCAGUCAUCUCCCCUCCAGAGACACCAGUCAGUUCACACUGGGGAGAGGCCAUUCACCUGCUCAGUCUGUGGGAAGGGAUUCACUUUGUCAUCUCAGCUACUGAGACACCAGUCAGUUCACACCGGAGAGAGGCCAUUUAUCUGCUCAGACUGUGGGAAAGGAUUCAUUGAAUUAUCCUCCCUCCAGAGACACCAGUCAGUUCACACUGGGAAGUGGCGGUUCAGCUGUUCAGACUGUGGGAAGGGAUUCAAUCAGUCAUCUCUCCUUCAGACACACCAGUCAGCCCACACAGGGAAAUGACCGUUCACCUGCUCACACUGUGGGAAGGGAUUAAUUUGGUCAUCCACCUAAAGGCACAUCAGCGAUUUCACACCAGGGAGAGGACAUUCACGUGCUCAGAGUGUGGGAAGGGAUUCAUUCGGUCAUCGACCCUAAAGGUACAUCAGCGUGUUCACACUGGGGAGAGGCUGUUCACCUGCUCAGAGUGUGGGAAGGGAAUCAUUCGGUCAUCCGACCUACUUGCACACCAGUUAGUUCACACUGGAGAGAGUCCGUUCACUUGCUCAGACUGUGGGAAGGGAUUCAGUCGCUCAUCUGAACUGAAGGCACACCAGUCAGUUCACACUGACGA